CCUGAUAAGCUACUACUAAAUAUUGUAGAAACUUAAUUUUCUGUAAAGUUGCUUUGCAAAUAUUUGUAUAGUAAAACGCACUUUACAAAUAAACUUGAAAUUGGAUUUACAAUUGAUUAUUAAAUUUGUAUAGUUAUACUUAUCUUCCUCGGUGUGAAUGACCAUUAACAGCUUCAAACAUCCCAUUCAAAAUCCUAUUAGUGGCAGUGCUGUUUUUGUAAACUGAUUGUUUUGGUUUCAUCUGAAGGAUUCCUCCUUAUAUAUUUUAAGGAAUAUGUUUUGUUUAUAUAUCGAUAACACCAUGGCUAUUCACUGCAGUCACAAUAACCCAAGAGACAGGGACAGUACAAGAGUUUGUCUUUGUGUGGGCCUUUGUGUAGGAGUAUGUGGUAUGCAUGUCUUCAUAGGAAAGUACAAGCUGAAUGGGGGAUGUCCCACAGGGUUUAAAACAUCCAAGAGAAGGAAAGAAGAAAUGCUGUGGAUCAGAGUGAAAAAAAAACAAUAACUGCCUGCUUAUCAAUAUAAACACAUUAAUACUACCUCCUCUCCUGGAUGAAUCACCGCAUUAUACAAACACAGCAUGACCCCUAGUAUUCCCCUUGGGCAAACCACCUUUUCCUCUUUUUGGUUGAGCUGAAGAGAAAUUGGCAGCUUUUAGGACUGACUUAUGUGUUUAAACAGAAGCCACAUCUCUAUGACCUUUUAUCUUCAUUUCAUCUUUGUUGUGUUGUAGCUGAAAUCCCUGUAUCUGUAACAAUAAAGAGGCAGAAGGGUAGUUUAUAUAUCUACUCAGUGAAGCCAAAGCCUAAGUCCAAUCACUUUCAGCAACUUCAGACCCAAUUAAUUUCUAGUACAGUGAUGUUCAGGCAAUCUACCUUCUCUUGUUUCCAACCACAGCCACUACCAGCGAAAGAAACUGAGGAAGAGAGAAAAAAGCAAACACACACACACACACACAGAGAGAGAGAGAGAGAGAGAGAGAGAGACAGAGAGAGAGAGAAGGUCCAGGGCUAGAAAAUGAGAGCUUGAAAAGGGGAAACCCUGAGGGAGAGACCAUGUCUAGAUGCUCAUUCAGUCCCAUAGUCACAUUCCACACUACAGCACACACUAAGUUAGUCACGGAGAUGACCAGCUCAAGUCACCCCUGGUUCCGCCUCCUGAUUGGCUGGUGCUGCCUGUUGAGUUCAGCUCUUUUGAUAGUGACAGUAUAUCUUGCAAAUCUGCACAAAAAGUCAGACGUGACUGGAAACAAAGAGUCAAAUACAACAGAAAACAAUGGCAAAACUGAACAACGAAUAGAUUUCGUGCAUGAUCCAUCCGUCAUUGACUAUAUCCGUCUGAUUAGAGACAAAGAAAAGGACUGGAUAUGCCCUCAACCGUGUGAGAGCAACUUAGUCUCCCUGGAGAACAGCACUGUCAUAGUUAGAGACAGCGGGCUGUACUAUUUCCACGUCCAGGUCUACUUCCAACAGAUUCCUCAAACAAAUGAAGUACCGACUGUUACUUUGAUCAAAAACAGAAGCAAUGUAACAAACAGUAGAAGAUUAAGUGAGGUCAAGGGCAAUGGACCAGGAUCGUUGACAAUGAUCCAUCUGGUCAAGCUGUGCAAGGGAGAAAGCAUCAGCCUGAAUAUAAAUCAAAUCAAGGACAUAUCAGGAAAUGAUUAUGAUACUUACUGGGAAAUUAUCUUGUUUAAUAACAAAUAAUAAGUCUGAAUUUUGUGCAAAGUGCAAUCAGGGUUUAAAUGAACAGAUUGUAUCUCCUUAAAGAAUUACAAGACUCACAUUUCAAUUUCUGAGUGUCUGUCACCUCGUUUUAUGUCAAGUGAUUCUCCCAAAGGAUUAAAAUUGUCUGUAUUUAUAUUUACCAAAGUAACUGGUAAAAGAUGUUUGUAUGGUUAGUUCUCA